GCUUUUGUGCGCGCCGGGGUCUGUUGGUGCUCAGAGUGUGGCCAGGCGGCUCGGACCGAGCAGGGUUUUCCUUAUCAGUGGAUUGCAUAGAAUACACUGCCAGUCUCUUCUGUUCACCAUGGCUUCUUCUGAUAUCCAGGUGAAAGAACUGGAGAAGCGGGCCUCAGGCCAGGCCUUCGAGCUGAUACUCAGCCCUCGUUCAAAAGAGGCUGUCCCAGAAUUCCCCCUUUCCCCUCCGAAGAAGAAGGACCUUUCCCUGGAGGAAAUUCAGAAGAAAUUAGAAGCUGCUGAAGAAAGACGCAAGUCUCAUGAAGCUGAGGUCUUGAAGCAGCUUGCUGAGAAACGAGAGCACGAGAAAGAAGUGCUUCAGAAAGCAAUAGAAGAGAACAACAACUUCAGUAAAAUGGCGGAAGAGAAACUGACCCACAAAAUGGAAGCCAACAAAGAGAACCGAGAGGCACAGAUGGCUGCCAAACUGGAGCGUUUGCGAGAAAAGGACAAGCACAUUGAAGAAGUGCGGAAGAACAAAGAAUCCAAAGAUCCUGCUGAUGAGGCCGAAGCUGACUAAUUUGUUCUGAGAACUGACUUUCUCCCCUUCCCCUUCCUAAAUAUCCAAAGACUGUACUGGCCAGUGUCAUUUUUUUUUUUUUCCCUCCUGACAAAUAUUCUAGAAGCUGAUGUAGGACUGUAUAGGUAGAUCCAGGCUGUAUGAUGUUGUUUUAGGGGCUCAAGGGGAGAAAUGAAAAGUGUUUUACUCUUUUUCUAAAGUGUUGAAGUCUUUCUAAUGUAGCUAUUUUUCUUGUUGCAUCUUUUCUACUUCAGUACACUUGGUGUGCUGGGUUAAUGGCUAGUACCGUAUUGGCUCCGUGGAAACAUGUUUGUGAAAAGAGUAUGUAGUGGCUUCUUUCAAAACCGUUAGAUACUGAAUAUCUGUUCACUUUUAAAUCCCAGUUCUGUCCCAAUUUUACCAGAUGCUACUGUACUUGAAUGGUUAAUAAAACUGCACAGUGCUGUUGGUGGCAGUGA